AGAGGCUUGAAAAAAUUGAAAGUCGUCAUUUAAUUGUUAGAAGACUAGAGUCUCUAGGCUACACAACAUUUAGAGUUAAGUUAGGCUAUAUCAACUUACCUCUGGAUAAUUGUAUUACCAUGAUUUAACAACUAGAGAUCUAGUUCUACAUCAUUUUAAAUCUUCAGUAUUUACGUGAAUCAUGUUUUAUCGUGCUUCAGGCGGAGAAAACGACACUCUUUUGGUGUUGUACACCAUUGUUUACGUUUUCUUUGCUGGCUGUUUCGUAGCACCACCCACAGAAUUUGUUUCAGCUGGAAUCACAAUUCAAAAUUUAUUUUCAACCUGGCUUGGCAGCGAAGACUUCAGUUUUAUUUAUUACCAUGUCAAAAGGAUAACAGCUACAAUAAUUGUUCACAGCUUUAUUCCAUUAGGUUAUUAUGUUGGACUUGGCUUGUUUGCUCCAGAACUAAACCUUUUCAACAUUGACCAGCUAAGUGUUGUCUGGUCAUCUUUUUUGAUCGUCAGUUUAAUUCUGCCUGGUAUAGCAAUGAUGUUGGCUAUAUACUGGCAUCGUUGGAAUUGUGAUAAUCAUCCCCUGGCUAAAGAACUAGCCCUGCUUGGGGGAGAGAACAAUGGAUGGCGUUCUGUAGCAUCUUCAAUCAACAUAGAAUUUAGGCGAAUAGAUAAAUUCACCAGCGGUAUCCACAGUCGUUUGGUGGCUGUGACGGACUCUUGGAUCAUAAAGACCUCAACUUAUUAUGUGUACAUUGCUCAUCAAAAUGACAUUCACUUGACUCUGUCAGAUGCUGAAGAACACUCUUUGUCCUACCAGAACCAAAUGGCUGUUCAAUAUCUUAACAUUAGUGUAGCAAGCAUUCAGCCUGGAUUGAAGCCAUUCAGUAUACGGCUUAAUUCUUUAGAAUUGGGAGAUCUGAAAGAAAAAUUGCAGGCACCAAUCCGCAACGCUAGGAACAUUGUUAUUCAUCAGUCGCUCAGUGAUAUGUUUUUAAAAGCUUUCAAAGAGUUAGUUGAUAAAAAUGCAGUUUACAUUCCACCUCCCAAUAUGGAAAUAGAACAGUGUAUUGGAUGUAUGCAGAAAAACUCAGACGUCAAGCUGCAAAAGCUUUGCGAGGGUCCUGAUGAAGGGGACACUGCAUGUGUCCAGUGUUUCUGCAGGCCGAUGUGGUGCUUAGAGUGCAUGGGCAAGUGGUUUGCAAGCAGACAAGACCAGCAGAGGCCUGAGACGUGGCUGUCCAGUAAAUCACCAUGUCCAACAUGCAGAGCUCGCUUCUGUGUCUUAGAUGUUUGCAAAAUUCAGGCGGAGGAAGGCUGACCUUGUCGAAAGAAAUUUUUAAAAAAAAUUAUUUUAUUUUACGUGGAACAACCAGACCUUAUUUUUUUAUCUUUUUAGAAUUUUUUUUUGCUUAAAUAUUCUUUUUCUAAUUUUAAUAACUUUAUUAAUUUCACCUUAAAGUGAGUAAAAGAUUAUUUCUAUAAAAUUGUUAGGUAAAAUUUAAAAAUGUUAAGAAUUUUGAAGAAAAUUGAUUUUUAAUGACUCAUUGCUGCCAACAACAGCACUGGACCUAGUGGCAAUGUUAUUACAUUAAUUAAUAGAACUGUACAGUAUCACUUGAAGGUGUACAUCAUUGGUCUAUAAAUGCCGUUGUGGCUCCGUUAUUACAUUAUAUAACAGUAAAGUAUCACUUCAGGGUGUAAAUGAUUGGUCAAUAAAUGCCAUUGUGGAUCCUUUAUUACAUUAAAUAACAGUAAAGUAUCACUUGAAGGUGUACAUCAUUGGUCUAUAAAUGCCAUUGUGGAUCCUUUAUUACAUUAUAUAACAGUAAAGUAUCACUUGAGGGUGUAAGUGAUUGGUCAAUAAAUGCCAUGUCACUCCUCAUUGGCUGAUUUUCAUUCUGUGAUGUGACAUAGCCUACACUUUGAUUUUAAAGAAUAAAAAUAUAAAAAUGUUUCUAGAGCAUGUUUUUGUAUAAGAUUUAUUUAAGAUAUUAUUUGCAGUAGGCUGUUGGCUUUAUGUGACAUGAUGCAUUAGUGGUGGGGGUUCAAAUUGCUCAAAACACAUUUUGUGUGGUAACCUUAAAUGUGAUUCAUUGGUUUUUUUCUUUCAGUUUUUUUUUUAUAUAUCUAAAAAAAAAUCCUUCCAGCUAUUGAUUUUAGAGAUACUCAUUAUGCUUUUGAUUAUUUUCAUAACUAAUUAGUUCUAAGGAUCACAGAUUGUGUAACUACACUCUAGUGUGUUGGCUAGUCUCUAAAUUUGAUGUUUUUUUGUUGUCUGGACAGAAUUUUAUUCCUAUCAAUGGAGACUUCAUUUUAAGUUGUCUAGAAUUAUUUUUUUUAUAUUAUAUGACCUUGUUGGUUUGUGUAUGGAAGUAAUUUAAUAAGUAUAUGAAAUAAGGCAUCACCACUAUAUAUGUGUCAAUCAGUUGCAGAUUUCAUUAAGAUACAUCUUACAUUUUUACUGAUAUUUAUAAAUUAUUGCAGUAGAGUUAUUAUUUAAAAAUAUAGUGUAUUCAUGUAAAACUAGUUUUUAUCGAAGUUAACAAAUAGAAUAGCAAUCUUAUUAUUGUUUGAUAUGAUAAAUUGUUGUGUGUGUGAUUAUGUUUAUAUGUGAUCUAUGUGAUCAAGGCUUGAGUGUUGGCCCUACAGGGUGGGUGGGUGCUCACACUGUGUCAUCUUCAGAGAUAACACAGCCAAGUGUUUCAUCUGCUGAUUGAUGACAAUAGUAGCUUUAACUUUGUCCACCAAUGACAGUUCACUAAUGUGCGGGAGAUGCAGUGGUAUAAUUAUUUUAAUUAAAUAAAUACAAAAGUUGUAAAAAUAAAAACUAGCAUUGUUGUAUAAUAAAGCAUAAAGUUUCUCCAUCAUAUG